ACAUGAACAGGUCUGAUUCCACUGACUCUCUGUCAGAUGGUCUGUUGUUCCAGCUGAGAAGCAGCUUUUUAGCCUUAGAUUUCCAGUUUAAUACAUUUUUUGGUAACUGUAUGAUUUUGACUUCCUGCUUGUUGUUUGACUUUGUCUUCAUCCACGUCUCUUCCAACCUGAUGAUUUUUCCUCCCUGUUGAGUUCAGUCCUCUCAACGUACCUUGAACUCUUGUCUGCAUCACCGUCAGUAACAGUUUCUGUUACUGGCCAUGGAUAAACAGGGUCUGAAUGAGUGGAUCGAUAGAAUUAAAGGUAAAGUAUUACCACUCAUACUGGUGGGACGCAGGCGCUAUAAAAUAUUUAGAUCAUUUACUCAAACUGAAACUCAACUUCAACUAAUCUACAGACAAAUUCUGCCACUUCUCCCGUCUGUGUAUGGAGAGAAUAAAAACACUUACAGUAAAACAUCUGAAUUUCACACAAAACAAGAAUGAACAUGUGCAUUGUAAAAUCCAAACAGAAAAUAUAAAAUGCAAGAGAAUUAACAUACAUUCAACUCACACAACAACUCAAUAGCUCUGUGAUGCUUAGUAUAAUGAUUUACUGCUGUGACAAAUGUUCAAUGUAAACUUUAAUUAAAUUGAGUUCAGCUAAAGAAAAAAAUUCUUGUUUGUGCACGACAAUGUUGAACUAAAUAUUUGUCUUUGUAACAGAUGAAGGCGUCAGUAAGAAAAAAUUCUAUUGUUUUGAUGAUCAAGAACUUGAAUACUUGAUCCAAAAGACUGAGUUACGGGCAAAUUUUAAGGAGAGAUUCAAGCGAUUACAGGUAAUGUUGUGAAGCUACGUCACAUAUUUGGCCUCUUAUGUGGAGGCAUGUUGGUGCAAGUGAAGAAACUUUAGAUAGAACUGAUGUCUGCAAAUAAAAGAUUAUAAUAUAUAACAGACAUGUUGAUAUUUUUUUGUCUUGUGCCUACAUCAACCUGUGAAUUACAAACAUGUGAUUAAGACUGUUGCACUUUCUAAGCUUGUGUGAAUAACAACUUAUUGUAUGAUCAAGUAUAUUUCUUGAGUCAAUUAUUUAUUUCUGUCCAUUCUCAGGUUUUACGAAAUGCCAGAGCAAAGAGACCUCUGGACCCUCAUGGCGAGUCAAGAAAACAGGAAUCACCAGCUAAACGACCACGUAACCAGGGGCAUCAUUUCAGUUCGGAUCGAACACUUUUGCCGACACAGUGUGAUGAGGCAGCGGUGUGCACGGCGUAUGGACACGUGAGAGAGCCAGGGAUGCAUAGCAGGCAGCGCGCUGAGGGCGGGGGUGAGAGACAGAGGAGCAGCAGAGAACGAAAGAGCGGUAGCGGCGUUCAAUGUCGAAGAGAGGUCACCAUCACAAAUCGGUCAGACAAAAUUAGAACAGGACCGAGUACGUCCCAGUACGCCAUAAAACGUCCCGGUACACCUAAAUCUAGAAGUGCCAGUAGUAUACUCCGCUUGGAGUGUGGCAAGCGCCAUACCUUGCCAUACCCAAACGACGCCACUGCACGUAACAACUCAGAGGAAGUCAUACUGUCUCAAGUGAAAAAAAGAAUGAAGGAUGUCCAAUUUAAACUACAGAACCAAGACAACACAAAGCUGAAUACGUUCCUGAAGACAAAAAUCAAGGACUUGGAGACAGACAAGAGGGAGCUGGUCGGUGUCUUUGGUAGAAGUGGGGCUGGAAAGAGCUCUUUGAUAAAUGCCAUCAUUGGAGAGAAGGAUCUUCUGCCAACAGGAAGCAUCAGUGCAUGUACCACGGUCAUGAUUAAAGUCGAGGCCAACAUGCACAACUCAAAGUAUGAGGCAGACAUUGAGUUCAUUACAAAAGAGGACUGGGAUGAUGAAUUGUGGCCUGGGCGUCAUCUUUUGCCCUUUAAUACAGAACAGAAAAAGAAAGAUGAUGAUGAUGAUGAUGAUGAUGAAGACUUUGUUGAAAAGCUGACUCAGCUAUUUGGAGAAGAAUGGAAACAUGGAAAGACCUAUGAAGAGCUGAAGGACCAUAAACAAAUCAGAGACCUUCUCCAAACUAAGAAAAUUAUGUUGUCAUGUGAAUCGGCUGAAGAGUUAUCUAAAAAAUUAGUGAAUUACACAAGAAGGAAGCAGGGAAACGUUGAAGAUGGUAAGCGGUGGUACUGGCCACUAGUGAAGUGUGUGACUGUCAAGGUGCCAAAAGAGGGUUUUCUCCAACAUGUCACACUUGUGGACCUUCCUGGAAGUGGAGACUAUAACAAGAGCAGAGACAAAAUGUGGAAGGAGAUUGUUGGAAAGUGUUCCACUGUGUGGAUUGUGACUGAGAUUAAUCGAGCAGCGACAGAAAAAGAAACAUGGGAGAUCCUGGAACAUGCCAGUAGCAUCAUGGGAAACGGUGGAGAGUGUCACCAGAUUCACUUCAUCUGCACCAAGUCUGAUCAGAUUGAUGAUUCUGAUGACCAAUCACCAGCUGAUCGCAUAUUGACAAACAAUAAGGACGUCAAAAAAGAAGUAAAAAAUGAAUUCAACAACAAAAACAAGAUUAACAAACACUUCAAAAACAGCUUUGAGGUGUUCACAGUGAGCGCCAGAGAGUUUCUAAAAGAAAAACAUCUAAAACCAGAUGACACUGAAAUACCAAAACUUCAGGAUAUUUUGCAAAAUCUCUAUGACAAGCACUCAGAGACUUUGAACUAUGUGUCUGGAGCUUAUGGGAUUCUGUCUUUGAUUCAAGGAGCCCGCUGUAGAGAAGGGGCUGACAGAACAGAUGUGUGUGCACACUUUAAACAAAACCUGAGCCGUCAACUUCAUCAAGUCAAAAUAAAACUGGAAGAAGUCAACAAGGUUUUUGAAAAAUGCCUCAGUGAAGGUGUUGAAAACUCCACAAAAUAUUGUGGAAAAGACCUGAAUCGCUCGUUAACAUUUAAAAAGGAUGGCCGUGGUUUCCACAGGACACUGAAAUGUGUAGUUGAGAACAAUGGCAUCUACAAACCAAAAAAGAAAGGGAAAAAGAAAGGGACACCAAUAAAUCUCAACAUGAAGUUGUCCUCAUACCUGACUGACAGCAUUGAUGAGGAGUUCAAGAAAACCUUUCCAAAUGACAGAGCAUGUGAACCAUUCAACGGAGUCAUCAGUAGAUUGUCACUCAACACAAUUGAACUGAUUCAGAAAUACAAAGAUGUGGAGCUGCAGCUGAUAUUUCUGCAGACAGAGGAAGAAAUAAUGAAGAGAAAACUGAACAAAUACAUCCGUGAGCAAAAGAAAACCAUCUACAACAGUCUUACAGCCACUAUUGCGGAAGACAUGAAAAAAUGCUAUGAACGAGCAGCUUCAUAUAAAGGAGAUGACACACUGAAAAACAUGAAAGAGGCUCUUCAGAGUCAUGUCCGGGAUUCAAAGAGCAGAAUGUUUGAUAAUGCUAAAACAAAUAUGUUGGAGCAGCUGGAUCAGCUGAAGGAGGACAUCCUGAAGACACUGAGGACAACCAUGAAGAAAGCCAUUGAGCUCUCACUCAAGACAGAUGACUUCUCAUUCCCAGAUGUUUCAACAGAGCUUGGAGAGGUGAAGAAAAUCUACAAUGACAUGAAGGCUCACCAGAAGAGAAGUAGCAAACAAUGAGAUGUUUCAGAUUUGUUCUGUGUGGAGCAGAAACCUGGUCACUGUCUGAACAUCCAAAAGGAAAGAUGACUAAAGCCAAGAGGCCUCUGGAUUUGACCUGAUUCAUUUUUGUCAAAGAAAACACAGGUAACACACCUAUGUGUUACCUGUGUUACCACUCGAUGUGUCUUGGUUGUCUGGUUGUUUAAGACAAGAGAAGCUACUCAUUGUAUCAGUUGGGCUUAAAUAAGUUUUUACCAACUGAAAGAUAAUCACUCAUGCAGUAAUUACCCAAUAGGAGGUUUGUACCUAUUUGUUUAGUUAAAUCCAGAUGGCAACUUUUUCGUUUUGUUUUUUAGGCCAGGCAGUUUAUAUAUAAUAUAUAAAAUGUGUGGAGAAAGAUUAAAAAUUAAGCAUUUGUUGGAUUCAGGGAUGUUGUGGUUUCAUCACACAGUGCUACUAUUAUCUCCCAGAAACGUUUUGAUUUUAAGAGUUUAAAAUAAAUCUUUUUAUGCUUUAUACAUACAAUAUUUUAUUUUUUUCAUUUUAUCAGUUUAGUGGGUUCUUUGGGAUUGGAGUUAAGCAGCAUUGGUUAUUAAACCUUAAUGAUAAAGUGUUGGUUUGACUUGACAAAUAAAUAACGUUAAGCUUUUAAAAGAAAAAAAAAAACAUUAAUACAAAUAAAUGACAGCAAUAAACCAGUAGCCUUUAAUUAGAAA